CCACCACGAGCACCACAACCACCAACGCCCACCACGCCCCCACAAAGGACGGACGAGGAGGAGAUCAGAACGACCCUCGGCUCUAGUAUACCUUCCCUGAGUACGACCACAGCAAGUACGACCACAGCCAGUACGACCACAGCCAGUACGACCACAGCAAGUACGACCACAGCCAGUACGACCACAGCAAGUACGACCACACCCAGUACAACCACAGCCAGUACGACCACACCUAGUACGACCACAGCAAGUACGACCACAGCAAGUACGACCACAGCAAGUACGACCACAGCAAGUACGACCACAGCCAGUACGACCACAGCAAGUACGACCACACCUAGUACGACCACAGCAAGUACGACCACAGCCAGUACGACCACAGCAAGUACGACCACAGCCAGUACGACCACAGCCAGUACGACCACAGCAAGUACGACCACAGCAAGUACGACCACAGCAAGUACGACCUCAACCUCCUCCACUUCCUCACAGACUACACACUCCUCCCCUCCACACGACCAGCACGACCCCACAUACCACCAGGAAACGAGCGACAAGGCCUCCUCCACGACCCUCCGCCCUCAGGUGCCACAGACGACCCUCCUGAGUGCCACAGAGGCGCCACAGACGACAGAGACUGAAGCUACAGAAAUUUACAUGCCCAGAGAAGAGUCCACGGAAAUUCCAACCACGUCUUCAGAUUUUUCGGGAGGGUAUACAGAAAAAUCCGAAUUGGCCGCGGAAAUUCAAGACACAGCGGGCACAGAAAUGACAGCAAACUUCAACGAGGAGAUACAGAUAACCACAGAAGCCGUUAAUGUACAGAAAACGGGAGAAUCAGGGAAAACAGACCCACCUCCUACAGAUAAAGACACAGAAUCAGCCACACAGAUCAGCGCCGUACGAGUGGAUGCGACACAGACAGAAGCAGAAGUCACGACGAGGGAAACAACUACAGAAUUCCUCCAGGAGACGAUACCGACCACGCAAAGAGACGCAGAGGAGGCACAGAAGCAGGAGGACACAACAGAGACACUGGGUGGCAAAGAAACACAGGAUAAAGUAAAGAACAUAGAAAAAGAAGAGGAGAGAACAGAAGCGGGGCACAAAGAAAACAAAGACCCGGAUACACCACCACCACCACCACCACCAGCAGGAGAUAAAGAAGGUACAGAAACAAAAGACAGCGCGGCCAAGAUAACAGGCCCUCUAGGAAUGCAAGCCUCGGAGAAAGACGCAACGGACACAACAGUAAGACCAACAACUGAAAGAUCCACGCAGACCCCAGCAGGAGGAGGAGGAGAAGGAGGAGGAGAAGGAGGAGAAGGAGGAGGAAGCCAGGACGUGACAAAGACAAGGGUAGCAGGAACACAGGAGCUACAGGCAGUCAACAAAGUAACGGAACAGGUAGAUCAACAGGGCAUACAUGGAGGUGUCUUCAGGCCAGGUAACGGAGGACAGGCUUUCACCGCCACUACUGCUGCUGCUACUGACGCUGCCACUACCGCAAGCAGGCACGACCCGACCUCUACUGAUGCUGGGACGAUGAGUGAUGUGGAGGUGACGACUGCUUUGUCUCUUGAGGUGAAUGAAGGUGGUGAUGAUAGUGGUGAUGACUCCGCUUCUGCUGUUUCUGCUAUCAAUGCUCCUCCGACUACUACCACUACUACUGCCUCUGCUACUACCACUACUACUACUCCUACUGCGACUACUACAGCAAGCCAGCGAGUCGUCGACACAACAAUACGACCCCCGCAGAAGGAAGAGGAAGAACGGGAGACACCAACAAUUAUGACUCCUGCUACCACCACCACUACCACCACCACCACUACUACUACCACCACCACUACCACUCCAACCACCACGGCAAGGACACAAGGGAACAAAGGAAACAUCUUCGACCAUAUAAUCGACGCCCUUACCGCCGCCCUGGAGGAGGACAUUGAGAAAGAGGAUGAAGAGGACGAGAGUGACGAAGAUGCCCCUGAGAAGAGUGACAUGAAGACGAAAGUACACGAGGCAGUACCAAACGUCGUAUACUACCCGAAGAAGCAACUCACGCCGGCGGUGCAGAAGGAGGCGCAGGCUGAGGCACAGACGGGGACACGGAAGAAGGCACAGAGGGACGAACAGGCGCAGGAGACACAGAAAACGCAGGAGGAGAGGAUGAAACUAGCAGAGGCGGAAAUCCAGGCGAUACAGAAGGACGCACAGAGGCUCAUGCAGGAUAUACUGAAGGAGGCACAGACGCAGGCGCAGAAGGUGUCACUGAGGGAGGGACAGGUGAUACUGACGGAGGCACAGAGGAGGAUACAGCAGGUACAGGACGCGGCAAGGGCAGAGACGGCGGCUAUUCUGCAGAAGGCGCAGAAGGCGAACCCCGAGACCAACACAGAAAUAAAGACCCAAAACGACGCCGAGGAGGAAGUAACGACCACAUACGACUCCAUACACGACGAGAACGGACAAAACAUCACGCAAAACGACAACUUCAAAGGAUACGACUACUACGAGUACCUGGUGGACUCUCUAGUGGCCCAGGAACGACCUUACCCCUACGACCCCCUCCUUGAUGACCCCAUAAGUACGACCAUACCCCCUAACCGGUUUUUGUACCCUGGUCUCGAAUUAACUUACGAACGACACGAGGACGACCUGAAGGCCAAAGAAGGUGAAGUGCUGGAGGAAGAUACGACCACGAACCUUCCCACGACCACAGAUAUCAGUUCUACACUUCUUAGGGACGUGAACGACCUCCCGGAAGAACUCAAGGUGCCCCUGGUCGUCCUCCGCAACCAGGGGAUGAUGGACGACCUCCUCAGUGGUACAAGGGACACAGAGGUCGUGGAUAACGAAGGCCAGGUCGUCAUUAAAGAACAAGGCAGCAAGGUAGUAAUCAGCACUCCUCUGUACGACUCUACCACGACGACCAUCACCACGCAGGAGUACCAGGACACUACAGUACUGCCAGACCCAUCUCUCGUCACGACCACGAUGACCCAAGAUGGAGACACAGAGCACCACGACUCCAAGACAAGAGACGACCUGCCAGUGGAUGAAGAUGUGCAGUACGACACGGGUGACUUGGAACGACUCCACGGCGACACGACUGAGGGGUUGUGGUCGUACUUGCUGCGCACGGACAGGCCCUGGAGCGAGACUGACAGUAACUUCACACCCACACCCACAACUACAACAACAACCACAAUCUUGCCUGACGAAGAAGCCACCACUAUUUUCACCACUACCACAACUACCACCGCCAGUGCAGAACCAGAACUGGCUACCAUUCUCAUUCCGUUUUCUUUCGUCAAGUACCUCGGGCAGGACUCGAAGACAGAAAACGAGGGAGUGGAGGCUGGCGAAGUUGGGUUACCUGACGGAGGGGCUGCAGGAGGUACUGGUGAUGUAACGGAAGAAAACGGCCACACAGCUUACAGUGAAGACCAGAUACCCGGAUAUAGCGAACAGGAAACGGUUUAUAGCGAAAAGAUGGAGGUGGAUGACAAAACUGAGGGGAAUAAAGGAGGAAGCGCUGAUGAUGGGAGCCUGUUGGUCAAGCUUAACGAAGGCGAGGCAGUCUAUAACGAAGAUGGUAUGACUUAUGACGAAAAGGGAGCAGAAAAUGACAAUACAGCCGAUUUUAACGAUGAGAAAGAUGCUUAUGAUGUAGCCACGCAUAACGAAGAUGACGCAAAUCAUAAAGAAAAAGAAGAGGCUGAGGAUGACAAGAAACACGAUUAUAACGAAGAGGAAAUCACAAGAGUCCAAGAUUUACUGACAUUCGACGGAAACAAACUCGCGAACAACGAAGACAAGACGGCGGGUAGUGAGGAUAACAUGGCUGGUAGUGAGGACAAUACGGCUGGUAGUGAGGACAAUACGACAGGUAGUGAGGACAAUACGACGGGUAGUGAGGACAAUACGGCAGGUAGUGAGGACAAUACGGCGGGUAGUGAGGACAAGACGGCAGGUAGUGAGGACAAUACGGCGGGUAGUGAGGACAAUACGGCGGGUAGUGAGGACAAUAUGGCAGGCAGUGAGGACAAUACGACGGGUAGUGAGGACAAGACGGCAGGUAGUGAGGACAAUACGGCGGGUAGUGAGGACAAGACGAACUAUGGUCAAGACAAGUGGAAUGAAGACAAGACUCCGGGUAGUGAAGACAAAGCGAGUUAUAGCGAAGACAACCCCGCCAGCCCCGCGCAGGAGGAGGACGCAGCCUUAGCAGGAGGGGACACAGAGGGCGCGACUCUUGAAUACGAGAGCAAAGACGAGGCAGACGAGGAGCCCAGUAAUGCAGGAACAGUUACCGAGACCCUGAACAUAAAAUACGAAGGAGACGCAGAAUUCAACGCAAUGUUCCCGAAUUACGGCGCCGAGACUCAGGAUAUCAUUGACCACCUACCGGAUCAAGUGCAGAAUCCGAACCUAGGCGGAUCUGUACCGAAUUAUGCGGAGGAGAAAACGGAUUUGAGUGAAGUAGUACCAGAAUACGUGGAAGAGAACCCGAAUCUAAGCGAAGCAAAACCGGAUUACGUGGGAAACACGGAUCUAACCGAAUCUUUACCGGAUUGCGUGGAAAAGAAUCCGGAUUUCAGCGAAUCUGUACCGGACUACGGGGAGAGAAGCGAGACAGAAAACCUGAGUAAACUGAAAGACGCUGUGCCGAUUGGAGUGAUAAGAGGAGGAGGAGGAGGAGGAGGAGGAGGAACGGAAGAAGAACUGGCAGCAUCAGAAGGAGGAGGAGGAGGAGGAGAAGAAUUCAGUGCAUCAGGAGCAGGUGUUGGCGAAGAGAAAGACGAAGAAGGUGGUGUUGAUAUAGAAGAAGUACGAGGAGGAGGAGGAGGAGGAGGAGGAGGAGGAGAUGCUGGUACUGCUGCAGAAGAAGAAGAACGAGUACAUGGAGUAGGAGAAGGAGGUAUUGGUGCCCCAGUAAAAGGAGUUAGAGGAGAAGGAAUACACUUAGGAGGCGCAGGAGGAGGAGCAGGCGCGGAAGGUCACAGCGAUAAGGAGGCCGCACUCCCCGCCUUCCUCCCAGACGGUCCGUUUUUCAUUAACCUGCCGGGCACACCCAACGCCGUGCCUGUAUUCCUUACUGUGGAGCCGGUGCGCGUCAACUACGUGCCCGCCGACCAGGAGGGAGGAGGAGAGGGAGAGGAGGAGGAUGUAGGAGGAGGAGGCAUAGCAGAACGAGUUAGUGGGGAAGAUAAAAUGGAUACUCAGAAAGAACCACAGGAAACUGGAGGGGAAAAAGUGGAUGAGGAUGAGGUGGUGAAGGAGGAGGUGGAGGAGGAGGUGGAGGAAGGAAGCCCAAGCCGUGAGAUCCCCGCGAGUACUUCCUCCUCCUUCGGGUCACUAAUGAACGGCAUCUACCGGAUUCUGGACGACGCCUCGGCUGCCAUAAACGAAUACACGAACACACAGAGCCUCCCGCAUCACCCCAACCACCAGUAUCCCCACCCACCCCUCCCCCACCACCACCCCCACCACCCGCACCACCAGUACCAGCAGGAGAACCAGUGGAAGGCGACGCAGCUCAAGGAGAAACUACAGGAGACCAAAUACAGGCUUGAGACUCAUCAUCACUUAGAGGAAGAGAGCGAGGGACACAAGGAAGCGCCCCACGAGUCCUCCUCCUUCGUUCCGUCGCGUACCAUACCAGACCCGUUCUUCCUGAUGGAGGCGCCGCAGCUGGGUACCCCUACCGCCUCCCCCGAGAAGCCCCCAGUGAGUGAGGACGCGGAGACGCACAAGGGGGAGGAUUACGCGGUUCAGGUGACUAGUAAAUUCGGUAUUGAUACUGAAGAAGGGCAGGGAGGAGGUGACAAGGGCACGGUCAAGUACAAAGGGACUGUAGAGGAUGUCAGCCCAGUGAGAAAUCCCGCUAGAGGCGCUGUACAGAACGCGGGGCCCAUGGAGAGGCAAGGAACUGACGAAGGCGCUGAAGGCACGGAGGAGAGUGAGACUGGAGUGACGGAAGGUGACGUAAAUGUGACGGCCAGUGACCCUGACCUGGUGUAUGGUGACGCUGCCUCUCUGGCCUCGCACUCCCUGUCCUCGCCACCCUCACCCUCCUCCUACACCUUCUCCACAGCCCACACCCCCAUCAAGCACGACGCGUUCCAGGGACUCAACCUUGACAUGCUCACAAACCGGGUCUUUCAGCUACUAACGCCACCACCACCUUCACAAUCAGAGGACCGCCUUAACCCACAGUAUACCCCCUUCCCCAUCACUACUAACCCCCCUCGCACCACGCCCCCAGCCACCACCGUCAGUCACCUCCCCAGUAUGGAGUUCUCCCCAAUACCAGAGGCGGAUUUCGAGGACGCCUUCUCCCCAGCUGCUCUCCCAGAGGCUCCUGACGGCGAGAAUGCGAUAGUGGAGGCCGUCAGUCCCCCCAGGGUAAUUGGGGGCACGCCUGUCUUCUCUGCGGAGGAUAAUUCCAUCAGAAGGGUCUCCGCGGCACCCCUCAGGAUAGCGGAUGAGGGUCUCUAUGGCGCGCCCUCUCAGGCCACGAAGGAGGCGCUGACGGAGGAGGGUGAAGGUGCUGGUGGCGAUGGUGGUGAUGGUGGUGGUGCAGGAGGGCAUGGCACGGACCUCACGGCGCACAAACAGGUAUGGUCCUUCCCUCAAUCACGCGAGGAGACCCCAUGGAUGCCAGCAACAAACACACACAAGGAGGAGAUGAAGGAGGAGCAGCAGCAGGAGGAGGAGCAGCAGGAGGAGGAGGAAGAAGAGGAGGACGUGGCCUUACCAACACCAAGAGUUAAUUUCUCCCCGCGAAAGUACACUGCCUUUAACUCCGCCAGUGACAUACCAGGAAUCAGCCCCCUAACCUUCUCCCGCAGGCUGGCGCUGGAAGGAAAGGACCGGCCUACCACGUGGAUGGAGGACUCAGUGAAGGAUACCCCAGCUGCCCACCAUCCAAUAGGCCCCGAGUAUUAUCAGUACCUUAAGAGCCUUCCCCCGAAUAUCUUAAUGAGCUUCCUUCAACCACGAGCCAUGAGGGCGAGACGGGCGGCUCCGGAAGAAGGAGAGCAUAUCUUUUGUGAGUGGAACAUCAAGACUGAACCUGGCCUGUACCUGCUGUUGACCUUCCACAACCUGUCGGCGGCCUACUCGGUGGACUGCAAGGGCGCCUACAUCGAGGUGGAGAGAGAGAACAACGGCUAUGACGCAAGGUGGUGCGGUACCAGAGUCUCCCCGAGACACAACCGCCCUCACGUCAUCUUCGCCAAGUCAGAGGUGCGAGUGACGGUGUUCGAUGAUGGAGACGAGACAAAGGAAACGCCCACAGGAUUCACUGCCGACGUGGAAGUGAUUGACCUGUUUAACGAGGAAGACUACAACUCCUUCAUGCAGUCCAAGAACCACCCUCAAAUCCGUCGACUUUUACUGGGUUGAAGAAAAAAGGGAAAGAAAAGAAACAGAUGAAGAAUAUUUGAGUUUACCAUUAAGAGAUCCCAUUUUCUCUGGCAUGUAUUCUCACUUUGAUGUCUCGUUACGUUUUCUUUAUUGCUAUGGUGAUGUUAUUGGAUGAAGAAGGGAGGAGAUGAAGAAUGAUUGGGCAUACCAUUGAGAUAGUCCGUUUUUUUUUUUUUUUUUUUCCAGGGACUCACACGUUAAAUUUAUUCUUCAUUUUCUUUAUUGUCAGUGAUAAUAUUGGUACGUCUUCUCCUUAUCUCCUGCCAUUGUGUCUCUGUUUAUUGCUUUCAUCAGUUGUUGACCUUCUGUGGGAAUUUCACACGUGAAUUAUAAGUGAAAUUUUAACUCUUAGUGAAUCUACUUGUCAGCUUUUUUUUUUUUUUUUUUUUUAUUUUAGUUUGUGGUAAUUUUUAUGUGUAGAAAACGUGAACUACUAUCACAUGCUGCUCGUGUUAUUAUUAUUACUAUUAUUAUUUACUUAAGAAAGCUCUAUUUGUAAUAUUCCAUUUAAGACGAUUCUCAGAGCUAAGAUAAGAGAUCUAAUUCCAUCACUGAUACUUAAUCCAUAAAGCUGAUUAUAAAGGGAGAUUAAACACAAGACAAGUGACAAACAUUGAAUCAGUAGGGCAAGUGUACGUCAGGUGGUGAUAAGCGAUCCGAUCACACACUCCAUCACGGUUUCAGAAAAGGAGAUUAGCUAUAAGUGAAAACAAGAGGCGUGAUUCAGAACAAAGCCGGUGAUGAUAAAGGAUCUGAUUCUUUACUCUGAUCCUUAGUUCAUCACUUUUUCCGUCAAGGGGCAUUAACUGUAAGUCCAAGCAACAGGCGGGAAUCAGAACCUUAUAUAAGCCCGGUGAAGAUGAAUGGUAUCUGAUUCCCUUCCCUGAUCCUCUCCAUUUUUUUUUUUUUUUUCAGUAAGGGUAUUAAAUAUAAGUAUAGGAACAGAGAAUAACUAAUGUGGUGAUGGUAAAAGGGAUCUGAUUCUUUUCUUUGGUCCCCUCUAUGUGUUUUCAGCAAGGGGGAUAAAAUAUAAGUAUAGAAACAGAGAAACAAAUCCGAUGUUGAUAAAAGGGAUCUGAUUCCUUUCUCUGCUCCCCUCUAUGUGUUUUCAGUAAGGGGAAUGAAAUAUAAGUAUAGAAACAGAGAGAAACAAAUCUGAUGUUGAUAAAAGGGAUCUAAUUCUUCUCUCGGGUUCUCUUUCUAUAAUGAUUUCAGUAAGAGGAAUUAAAUAAAAGUAUAAAUGACUCAAACAACAAACCCAGUGAUGACAAAAGGGAUCCAAUUCUUCUCUCUGGCGCUCAAUUGCUUUAUAAUCACGUCUCUUACAUUAAACCAGUGAUUAUUAUUAAUUUAUUCACAUCCUGACUUGCACUGAAUGAAAAACACAAAACAAAGGAGCAAAAUAGAAGUGAAUGUGCAAAUCUUUUUGUACUUAUGCAAGAUGAGAUCAAAUAACGUUUAUACACUUCACUCUGCGUGUACAGCCUUGCACAGUAUUAGUCUGCCGCUACAGUGUGCUAUGAGGUAUUGAACCCCUCAGUGGGUGGGCAUUAUGCAGCUGUUGUAGUAUCGUAAGUGAUGUAGGAGAAUUGUCUGCUGUAGUACGAUGUUUUGUUAAGUGGUCUUGUAUGUACAUAAAGGUAUUUUCUGAUCACUUAACGAAUAGGUUAAGUUACUUCUUAGAGGCCAAGUUUUUUUUAUGUAUAGUUUAAUUUUUGUAUUGCUUCAAACUUAGUAUACUUGUUUUUGUAUAAUUUAGUUGCUGUAUCGCUUCGAAGUUAGUAUAUUCAAAGACGCCAUUUUAUUUAUUUGUUUAUAGUUUUUUAUCAUUUUUGCGUCGUGGCUAACUUAGUUCUGUUAUUUACUUUUUUUUUUUUCAUAUAGUUUAGUUCUUGUAUCGCUUUGAACUUAAUAAGAGUCGCGAUUUUCUGUACCAAUGUGCGUCACGCUGAUUAAACUCGAACGCUACAAUACGAUGCAGAAGUUAAGUGACUAAUGAGCAACUCUUUCUGUAUAGUCCAGUCCUUGUAUCGCCUCAGACUCAGCGUACUGCAAGGUGAUGAUAGGUGAAAUAGGUUACGAUACUUUAAAUAGGUUAAGUAAUAUAGAGGCCAAUUGAUGUAUAGUUAAGCUCUUGCGACUCAUACUUAGUGCAUUACAAGGCGAAUUUUAGUGACUAUGAAUGACCGCUUGCUGUUAUUUAUUUAUUUUUUUUAUUUAGGGAGUGCCACGUGUAGGCCUGAUGGCUUCUUGCAGCUUCCUUUAUCUUCUUAUCUUUUUAUGUUAUCUAUUUUUUUUCUUCUUUUUUUUUUUUACUUAUUUUCUUUAUUUGUUUUUGUACAGGUCACUUUCACAAUGCUUCCGCCUUACAUACAUACAUACAUACAUACAUACAUACAUACAUACAGAGCAAUUAGCCGCGUAAUGAGCACACAUAACCUUCCUUGCUCAAACAAUCUGUGCUGCACUUGCGCUAAAAGAUUAUAAUUCAUAACCAUUACUAAUUAUACUACUACUACUAUUACUACUACUACUAUUACUACUACUACUAUUACUACUACUACUACUGACUUCACACAUUGCUUCGCUUGUACUGACAGUAUUAAUACAUAGAAUACUAAUUAGUUAAGGGCAUUAUGUUACACUCAUUGAUACAAGUGAGGCAGAGAAAGCGAUGUCAGUUUUCCCUUAUGUAUAUUGUACUUCGCUCACCCGCACAUAAGGGAAACAUUAACAGUGGCAUUAUGUACUUAAAAGCCGCGAAGAUGUGUAGAAAUGCGUGUGUGUGUGUGUGUGUGUGUGUGUGUGAUAGUCAUGGUUAAUGGUAAGAGUAACGCCACUCUCACCUCCUACUGUGUUUAUUGCACUUAUACUUUUUUUCUACCGUGUUUAUUCCUCUUUUACUUACUUUUGUUGCUUUCCGUCUGUACAGUCACUUUUUUUCUGUGUUUCCUGUCCGUGAUCUUAAUUUUUCCGGUGUUUUCCGUCUGCAUUCUCAGUUUUACUCGUGUUUUCCGCCUGUACUCUUACUUUUUCCUGUGUUUUCCGUCUGUCGCUCACUUUUCCUGUGUUUUCCAUCCAUCUCUCGCUUCCACUACUGCUUUCCGUCCUUCUCUCACCGCCAUGCUCACUUUCACUCUCCUCACCGUCCAUUUCUUUGUCCUGCUUUACUGGGAACCAAAUAAAAGGAGGCUAAAGCAAACAGAUCAAGCAGUGCGCUAUAGACGACUGAACCAAACAUUCUUUAAAUCUUGUCACGUUUUCUAUAAGCCAUUCAAGACCAUAAGUACUCUGAAACACUUCUGUCCGCAUCUUCACUUCUUUCCAAAGGCUCUAGUUGAAGUUACACAGGAUUCUAAGGGUGUUUUUAUGGUUCUAAUGACAGAUUAAUAAGAUUUUCACGUUAUUAAUAGGAGAAACGCAUGUAAGAAACAGGUAAUUCGUCUCUGUUGCCUUUGAAAAUAGUCGUGGUGGGAGAGCGAAGGGUUUCAGAAUACGGGUCCAGGAAUCAAGCGAGAGAUGGAAACAUUGGAAGAGUGGAAGUGAGGGCAGGUUACUCUUCUCCUGGCCGUGACUGUCGUGGUGGAGUGGUGGAUCUGGUGGAGUGAUGAGUAGAUGAGUAGUUGAAUUGAAUAAUCUCUGCCAAGUUCACCUCUUUUUUUUUCUUUUUUUUUUUUUUUGUGUGUGUGUGUGUGUGUGUGUAGAUUCUGAAUAAAAAAAGUAUAGCGAUG